AACAUUUUUCAAAGCGGUAAUUAGCAACAACAACAGCAGCAACAUCUAAAGGAGGAGUCAACAAAGAAAUAGCAGAUUAGUUUAAUUUAUUUGAAAAAAGGAAUUAGUUAUUAAAAAACAGCCGCCACCAUUGCGCCCAUAAGCACCACCAUGAACGGCCAAGGCUGUGAGUUAAAUCACAGCAAUGGUGACAUUAUAUCACAGAACCAACAGAAGGGCUGGUGGACCAUUGGUCUAAUCAAUGGCCAGCAUAAGUAUAUGACUGCGGAGACUUUCGGUUUCAAGUUGAAUGCAAAUGGCGCCAGUUUGAAGAAGAAACAAUUGUGGACUCUCGAGCCAUCCAAUACCGGUGAAAGUAUUAUCUAUUUACGAUCUCAUCUGAACAAGUACCUAUCGGUCGAUCAGUUUGGCAAUGUGCUAUGCGAGAGCGAGGAACGGGAUGCGGGCAGUCGCUUUCAGAUAAGCAUCAGUGAGGAUGGCAGCGGUCGCUGGGCACUAAAGAAUGAGUCACGUGGCUAUUUUCUGGGCGGAACGCCCGAUAAACUUGUCUGUACGGCCAAAACGCCAGGAGCUAGUGAAUUUUGGACUGUCCAUUUGGCUGCCAGGCCUCAGGUGAAUUUACGUUCAAUUGGCCGCAAGAGAUUCGCCCAUCUAUCCGAAUCGCAGGAUGAGAUUCAUGUGGAUGCCAAUAUACCAUGGGGUGAGGAUACGCUGUUUACUCUUGAAUUUCGAGCGGAUGAGGGUGGACGUUAUGCCCUGCAUACAUGCAACAACAAAUAUCUAAAUGCCAAUGGCAAAUUGCAAGUGGUAUGCAAUGAUGAUUGUCUCUUUAGUGCCGAAUAUCAUGGCGGACAUUUGGCUCUGCGUGAUCGUCAGGGUCAAUAUCUAUCGCCGAUUGGAUCAAAGGCUGUGCUCAAGUCACGCUCAUCGACAGUCACACGGGAUGAGCUCUUCUCGCUGGAGGAUUCACUGCCUCAGGCCUCAUUCAUUGCCGGCCUGAAUUUGCGUUAUGUGAGCGUUAAACAGGGCGUCGAUGUUACCGCCAAUCAGGAUGAGGUUGCCGAAAAUGAGACAUUCCAAUUGGAGUACGAUUGGUCGGCGCAUCGUUGGGCCUUGCGUACCACACAGGAUCGCUAUUGGUGUCUAUCGUCCGGCGGUGGCAUUCAGGCCACUGGCAAUAGACGCUGUGCCGAUGCUCUAUUCGAAUUAAUCUGGCACGGUGAUGGUUCCCUCUCAUUCCGUGCCAAUAAUGGUAAAUUUUUGGCCACCAAAAGAUCCGGCCAUCUGUUUGCCACCUCCGAGUCAAUUGAGGAUAUAACCAAGUUUUAUUUCUACUUGAUUAAUCGUCCCAUUCUGGUGCUGAAAUGUGAACAAGGAUUUGUUGGCUAUCGUACGCCUGGCAAUUUGAAAUUGGAAUGCAAUAAGGCCACCUAUGAGUCCAUUCUAGUGGAGCGGGCCCAAAAGGGUAUGGUCCAUCUGAAGGCGCACAGUGGCAAAUAUUGGCGUAUUGAGGGUGAAAGUAUUUCGGUUGAUGCUGAUUUGCCCAGCGAUGGAUUCUUCUUAGAGUUGCGUGAACCAACUAGGAUUUGCAUAAGAUCCCAACAAGGCAAAUAUUUGGGUGCCACUAAAAAUGGAGCAUUCAAAUUGCUGGACGAUGGCACCGAUUCGGCCACACAGUGGGAAUUCUAAAGAGAAUAACAAACAAAACUUACAUUACGCACACACACACACACGCACACAGACAUCAACAUAUUAACACCAUCAAAGUCAACAAUGAAUA